UAUAGAGUAAGAAUAGGUAGGAUUCGCAAUUAUCGUUUUAUUGUUUAAAUAAUAAAAAAUAAAUAGAGCUUGAACAGGGAUUUUUUUUAAAUAUUAAAAACAUAAGACAAUUAAAAUCGUAUCAAAAAUUUAUUGAAUUAGGUGUAGUUAGCAGAAAUAAAAAACUUCAACGGAUACUGUUUUGCAUGGGCAUUCAACAACAGAUGCAUUAUUGUCACCACAAAUUGAGGAAUCUUAACAAACUUUCCUAACUAAUAUUACAUAAUUUUGAUCGAUUGAUUAUUGUUCAUGAGAAAAAUACCUUUAAUUUGGGAUAAAGAUAUAUCAUCAUGGGAAUGAUGUCAGCAUUUAGUAAUUUUAUAUUAUUUGUUAUAUUUUUAGCAGCGAUAAAUAAAGUAAUGGGUGUUAGAAGAGCAUAUGUAGCUCUAAUGGUAAAAAUUUUUGAAUAUGGAAGGCAAAAUAUUGAAAAAGCAAAAAAGAAGACCCGUUUAGACGAUGAAAGUAAACAAAAUAUGAAUUCGGGAAUCAAUGAUUUAAAGAGUAAUAGUGCCGAACAAAAUGAUGUAAUAGAAAACGACAUGAAAGAUAACGAUAAUGCACUUAUUAGCCGGGAUACAAUACUUUUACCAGAUGGUGAUAAAAAAGUUGGAACUAAAAUGACUGAAAUUGUAGAUGAAAAAGAAAUAUUUGACGAAAAUGAAAUUAAUUUGGAAAAAGAUUCUGAGAGAGAUGAAAUUAACUUUAGUUUAGAAAAUUGUUUACCCUAUAUUAAAACUGGUGUAGAAGCUAUUAUAGAAGAUGAAGUUACGUCUAGGUUUGAUUCAGAAGAAUUAAAAAACUGGAAUUUACUUACGAGAACUAAUAGACAUUACGAAUUUAUAUCAUGGAGACUGACUAUAAUAUGGAUGAUUGGUUUUAUUUUAAGAUACGCAAUUUUAAUGCCAAUUAGAGUUUUUAUAUGUUUUUUUGGUGUUUUGUGGUUAACAAUAUGUACAGCUGUUGUUGGUUUUGGUUUACCUGAAAGCGAUUUUAAACGUAAAGCAGUUUCAAUCACAUUAAAUCAUUGCUUUAGCAUAUUAUCAAGUGCAUUGUCUCCAGUUAUAAAUUAUCAUAAUAUAGAAAAUCGUCCUCAAAGGGGUAUUUGUGUUGCAAAUCAUACUAGUCCUAUUGAUGUUUUAAUAUUAAUGUGUGAUAACACAUAUUCAUUGAUUGGACAGCGACAUGGUGGAUUCCUUGGUGUUUUACAAAGAGCUCUUGCAAGAGCAUCCCCUCAUAUUUGGUUUGAAAGAGCUGAGGCGAAAGAUCGACAUGCAGUGACUGAACGAUUAAAACAACAUGUCUCAGAUCCAAGAAAUCCACCAAUACUGAUAUUUCCAGAGGGUACUUGCAUUAAUAACACUUCUGUAAUGCAAUUCAAAAAGGGUAGCUUCGAAGUUGGUGGUGUUAUUUAUCCAGUUGCUGUUAAAUACGAUGCCAGAUUUGGAGAUGCAUUCUGGAAUAGCUCAAAAUAUUCAAUGAUGCAAUACCUUUAUAUGAUGAUGACAUCUUGGGCAAUAGUUUGUGAUGUUUGGUAUUUACCACCAAUGUAUCAAAAAGAAAACGAGAGUGCAAUCGAUUUUGCAAAUCGCGUUAAGGGAGUAAUUGCCAAACAAGGCGGUUUAGUCGAUUUAGUAUGGGAUGGUCAACUAAAAAGAACAAAACCGAAAAAAGAAUGGAAGGAGAAACAACAAAUUGAGUUUACAAAACGUUUAAAAGGGGAAUAAAAAUAUUAUAUCAGAAAAUUACUAAAAAAAUUUCACUUUAGUUUUCCAUUUUCUUGUUUUUAAUUUAGGAUUCUAAUUUCUUACAAACAUAAUGUCGAUUGAUAAAAACACAUUUUGUAAACAACUAAAAAGAUAUCUUUAAGUUCAAAAUUAAUAGUAUACAUACAUACAUAUGUUAAAAAUAAUGAUACUGAUGUAAAUUUCAUAAUGUUAAAGUAUAAAAAUUAAGAAUGUAAUUUCAAAAUAAUUAAUGAUUAAAUGCAAGAUUUCCCGAAUGUUAACUAGAUAUUUUAAAAAUGCUUUAAUUUAACGCACUAAAAGUAAAACAAAACAUCAGUUAGAUAAAAUAAUAAGAACACAAAGAGACAAAAAUAAGGUUUUGUAUAAAUAAAAAAAAUACAUAAAUUCGGGUUUUAAAUAAUGUACUAUGAAAUAUUUUGUCUUAAAUUUGUAUAUGUAAAGGUAAUAACUAACAAAAUUUCAGAAUUAAAAUUUAUUUACGCCUUGAAAUUUUGAUUACUAUAUUUGAAAAAAAAAAAUAAAACAUAUACCCAUUUGUUAUAAAUUUGAUUGAAGGAUAAAGGUUGGGCAUUUUUUAUUUAAUUAAUUUAAGCUCCUAGAUUAAUAAAAUAAUUUUUCCAUUUAUAUUAUAAACUUAAGUGAGUUUAUAUUCAUUUUUAUGAAAUUUUAUUUAGUCUAUAAUAUUAUUUCGUUUUUUUUUUUUUUGUAAUUUCAUCAAAUUAAAAUUAAAUAAAUGUAAUUGUGACAAACGUAA